AUGGCUGCAAGAAAUAGGAGUGUGGAGACAAUCUUUGUCCUCUUGGGUUUCACAGAUUACCCAGAGCUUCAGAUCCCCCUCUUCCUCGUGUUUCUGAUCAUGUACAUCAUCACCGUGGUAGGCAACCUCGGAAUGAUAAUAAUCAUCAAGAUUAACCAGUUUCACACCCCCAUGUACUUUUUCCUGAGUCACCUUUCUUUUGUUGAUUUUUGUUACUCUUCCAUCGUUACUCCCAAGCUGCUUGAGAACUUGGUCAUGGCUGAUAAAAGUAUCUUCUAUGCUAGCUGCAUGUUGCAGUACUUCCUAUCCUGCACUGCUGUGGUGACUGAGUCCUUUUUGUUGGCGGCGAUGGCCUAUGACCGCUUUGUGGCCAUCUGCAAUCCUCUACUCUAUUCAGUGGCCAUGUCACUAAGGCUCUGUGCCUUGCUGGUGGCUGGGUCAUAUCUCUGGGGCAUGUGCCCCUUGGUACUCCUUUGCUAUGCUCUCCAACUUAAUUUUUUUGGAUAUAAUGCAAUUUUCUGUGAAUAUACUGCUCUCAUUGCCGUCUCGAGCUCUGAUACACACAUUCCCCACCUGCUGCUCUUUGGUUUUGCUACCUUCAAUGAGGUGAGCACACUACUGAUUAUCCUUGCUUCAUAUGCUUUUAUUUUUGUGACUGUACUGAAUAUCCGUUCUGCCAGCGGGCGUCGCAAAGCGUUCUCCACCUGUGCCUCCCACCUGACGGCCAUCACCAUCUUCCAUGGGACCAUCCUUUCCCUCUACUGUGUGCCCAACUCCAAAAACUCUCGGCAAACGGUCAAAGUGGCCUCUGUCUUUUACACAGUGGUCAACCCCAUGCUGAACCCUCUGAUCUACAGCCUGAGGAAUAAAGACGUGAAGGAUGCCUUCUGGAAAUUCAUAAACACAAAAGUUCCAUCCCACUGA